GGGGCUGGAAACUGUAAACACCAACUGUGCUCUUUGGUUUUAGCUUCUGACUUGAUGUUAUGAGGUAGAUCAGCUCAGCUGGUAGAUAAAAGAUCAACAAACAUGUUCCUUUAGCGCAUAAAUACUCAAAAUGCGAUGCUACCUUCAAGCAUUUCUCCUGUGCAUGGUCUUCACCUUCUUCUCACUGCUGUAUGUGUUCAAUCAACUAGCCUCCAGCUUGGAGGACAGAGACGACUGGGACCGGAAAGAGCAGGGGAUAAUACCCGACAGGCGCGGUCAUGACUCCGGGCAGCUUUUCAGGAAAAGCCCAGGAUCGGCAGGCGAAGAAGGCCUUGACAGGUGUAAGUCACUGUCAGCAUAUUGGAGACUGCCUGCUGAUGUUUGUGGAGUGAACUGCUUGUUGGAAUCAUCUCUUAGAGAGAGGUCAGGCUCUGCAGUCAAGCAACAUAGCAAUGAGAGAAGUCAUCUGGCUGUGGUGGCCUGUGGCUCCAGGCUAGAGGAGACUCUUGUCAUGUUGAAGUCUGCUGUUCUCCUCAGCAAAAAGCCUCUGCACUUCUACAUCUUUGCUGAAGAUGAUCUACACAACCGCUUCAGAAUUGCUCUGGACUCCUGGCCCAGAACAGUUCAGACCAAGUUUAACUUCACCAUCUACUCCAUCACGUUUCCCAAGGAGAAUGCGAAUGAGUGGAAGAAGCUCUUCAAACCUUGUGCCUCUCAGAGGCUCUUCCUGCCACUGAUUCUGAAGGAGGUGGAUUCUUUGCUCUAUGUGGACACAGAUAUCAUUUUUCUGCAGCCAGUAGAGGACAUCUGGGCCCUUCUUUCUCAGUUCAAUUCGAGCCACUUAGCUGCCAUGGCUCCGGAGCAUGAGGAGCCGCGCAUCGGCUGGUACAACCGUUUUGCCCGCCACCCUUACUAUGGCAAGACGGGCAUCAACUCAGGGGUCAUGCUCAUGAACAUGACGCGCCUCAGGGAGAAAUCUUUUAAGAAUGACAUGACAACAGUUGCACUGAAGUGGGAGGAAAUCCUUAUGCCACUUCUCCAGAAGUAUAAACUCAAUAUCACCUGGGGUGACCAGGACCUUCUUAAUAUCAUAUUUCACCAUAACCCAGAAAGCCUGUAUGUGUUCCCCUGCCAGUGGAACUACCGUCCAGACCACUGUAUCUACGGCAGCAACUGUCAACAGGCUGACCAAGAAGGUGUCUUCAUUCUCCAUGGUAACAGGGGAGUUUACCAUGAUGACAAGCAGCCUGCAUUUCGAGCCGUCUACGAGGCCAUCCAAAAGUAUCCAUUUGGUGAGAACAUGGAGACCUCACUGCUUCAGCCGUUGGAAGCGUCGCUACAGACCACCACAAAUACCUACUGUGGAAGAGCCAGUCACCUGUUUACGAAGAAGUUAAAACAGAGCAUCAUGUCUGUUCAACAAGAUGUCACACAGAGAAGAUGAUUUCUCUCUGGAAGUAGAGACUUGGAUGGUACAGCACUCCUGUGGAGACAAUGAGCUGGAUGACAAACAGACUCAGGUCAACACUGAACAUUCGUUUAUGAAUUGCAUAUCAAGACUGGACAUGAAGAAAGGUAAUCUGUGGAACAGGUUAUAUAUUUUUUAUUCUCAAGUGAAGUCAAUGUUGGUACAUGCUGUAUCUGUCCAAUGAACGCACAAUCAGGUCACAAAUGCUUUCUCACCAUGGUGGAAAAUGCACUGACACUUUUGAGAAAGAACCUACAAUCACUUUGUACCAUUGUCUUUGGGGGAAAAAAAAGAAACAGCAGGGUACUUAAAUAAGUACGCUUAUGAAGAGUAUUUUAUCAGAGUUGUUUUAAUAUAAUUUUGCAUACAGGUUUUGUACUUGUGUUUUUGGUACUGCAGUAUAUCGUGGAAAAUGGUUGGCGUCAUUUUCAGGUACUUGUUAUAGUUUCGCAAUUGUCUUCCUUUUUUCAUUGAACAAAACAAAUGCUUUAAAGAAAACUUUAAAGAAUAUCAUCAUCAUCAUUAAUAGAAUAUCAUCAGUAUUUAUUAUUAUUGGACAUCUGUGACAGGAAGCACUUUUGAUGUCUACCUUAAAACGUAACCAUGAAGCUAUCUUUUCAUAUACUCUGGUAUGGGAGUUUGUCAAAGAAUUGUUUAAUGUAUAUUGUAUUAUUCUUUAAGUAAUUUCAGUAACUUUACCAAUAUGAACAUGUUUUCCUAUAACUAUAAACGAUGGACCCUAUCUUAAACCCGGCGCAGAAUGCAGGACAACUCUCAUUGCUAUUUUCAGACCGACGCAGUUGUCAUUUUCACGCCAUUUUCAUCUGUGCACCCAUGGGCAAAUUUAAUUUAAAUUGAUACAUAAUAACAAAAACAAAACAAACAGUAAAACAUAACAGGUAAUGUCUUUAACGUGUCUGUAAAACACUGUUCCCGCUCAGCUUGGUAUGGUAGGAUUUUGGCAUCUUAAUAGAAAAUGCCUUCAUUUGGUUGCUUCGUCUUAAAAACUAAAUAUUCUCUUAUUGCAUUUGGCAGAAAAAAAACGGGAACAAAAUGCUGCUAAAAAAAAAAAAAAACACAACUUAAGAGACGUAAUGCAAUAGUGCCAAUGUUUUUGAACUCUUUAGCUAUUACAAUAUCCAGACAGUCGAGCACGCAAACAUGUACACGCAUCCACAAACGCACCCUUAAAAUGGGUGCGUAAGUCUUAAAAUGAGGUGUGGCCAGGAGCAUUGUUUGCGAAUUGCUAUCUUGAGGCGUUAACAUUAACAUUAUUAGUAUUAUACUAUUUGUUGAAUUAGAUUCCAGUGGUGGCUGCGUUGGAUUGUUUCCAACUGAUGGAUCUAAACAUUUCCAAUAACUCCAAAGCGUUGUAAAGUCCAAAAUUCAAAAUGUACUUUGCGUCAAGAUUAUGCGCCGUUUAACCAGCAGAAGCAAAGCGAUUUGUUUUCAAUCAAGUCAGCUAGCAUCAUGAAAUCUGCCUCCAGACAGGUUUAGCAAAAAAUUUGCACUAUUGAUUUGAGAAAUUGAGUAUUGUAACAACACAAAAAAUCAUAUCUGAGAUUUUAAAGUUUUACUGAAAAGCCAGCAUAGACAUUCAAGUGUAUAUGAAAUGAAUGGGAAAUAAAUAUUUUAUUAAAAAGCAUUUCCAA